GCUUCCGGUAGUCCUGGUGGACGCGUCUGGUUCUUGUAGUGUGGUCGCGGUGGUGGAGUUUGCGGAGCAUUUCUUUGACCUCAGGAGGCAUGUCGGCGGCUUUUCGCAAGGCAGCCAAGACCCGGCAGCGGGAACACCGAGAACGAAGCCAGCCUGGCUUUCGGAAACGCCUGGGUUUGCUAGAGAAAAAGAAAGAUUACAAACUCCGUGCAAAUGACUAUCAUAAAAAACAAGAUUUCCUCAAAGCUCUCCGGAAGAAGGCUCUUGAAAAAAAUCCAGAUGAAUUCUACUAUAAAAUGACUCGGGCCAAGCUCCAGGACGGAGUUCAUAUUUUCAAAGACAACAAGGAAGAAGUGACAGCAGAGCAGCUAAAACUGAUGAGAACUCAGGACAUCAAGUACAUAGAGAUGAAGAGGGUGGCGGAGGCGAAGAAAAUUGAAAGACUGAAAUCAGAGCUCCACCUGCUGGAUGUCCAGGGGAAGCAACAGAAUAAGCACGUGUUCUUUUUUGACACCAAAAAGGAAGUUGAACAGUUUGAUGUUGCGACUCACUUGCAGACGGCCCCAGAACUACUCGAUAGGGUCUAUAAUAGACCCAGAAUAGAGACCUUGCAGAAGGAGAGAGUGAAAGGAGUUACCCCUCAGACUCGCCUCAAGCGGAUAGCCAAAGAACGACAAAAGCAGUAUGACUGCUUGACACAGCGCAUCGAGCGGGAGAAGCAGCUGUUUGUUGUUGCCCAGAAAAUCCAGACACGCAAAGACCUCAUGGAUAAAACUCAGAAAGUGAAGGUGAAGAAAGAAACAGUGAACUCCCCAGCGAUAUACAGAUUCCAGACUCGCCGGAAACGUUGAUGUCUUAAAAAUCAGCCUCAGCAGUCUGUAUGGAAAAGAAUUCUUGAACCGUUUUCCUCCUUUCUUUUGUAAUAACUUCAGAUUUUAUUAGUCCAAAGGCUCGGUCUUCCUCUUCUGUAAUCAUGGCUUACUGUCAACCCAGUACUUGACAUCUUUCUAUGAAAAUAGUAAAGUCCCUCCCCAGUGUUAUUGUCUCUGUAUUGAUGAACUGAGCCUCUUAUAUAAGUACUUAUGUUUGUCUAGGAGAGUUAUAUAAUCUCAUGUAACAAAGUAGAAAAUAGAUGAAUACAUUCCAUUCUCAGUAUUAAGACAACUUAUCUAUUCCAUAGCAGGACCUAGGGCUACUGAUGUGAGCGGCUACUGAAGGCAUUCUGGUUUAUGUUCCCCGUUUGGGAGAGUUAUACAUUGGCUUUGUUUAUAAUUUUGUUUUGUCAUUCUCCUUCUAGUAGAUUUUAUUCUAAUUUUUAAUUAAAUCAUUAGUUCUAUUCCA